CGAGCCGUUGGGGUUUUGGGAAGCCACAGAACCGAUUGCUGCAGCAACAGCAGCAGAGCAGCAGCUGCUGCGGGAGGUGCUGCAGCAGGUUGUAGAAAUUGUUACGACGCUGCAGCAGCACAUACCAACGCACUACGAUCUCCAGAAGCAGCAGCAAGGCCUUGAACUUUUGCUGCUGGCCUUUCAGCAGCAGCCCCAACUGCAGCAGAUCCCCGUAUGCGUUUUGCUGCAGGCGAAGUUGCAGCAGCAGCUCAACUGUGAAGAAGAAGCUCUUGCAACACUUGAGGCAGCAAUGGCUGAAGGAUGCUGCCUGGCCUGGCCUCAAAGCAGGAACGGGAGCAACAGCAGCAGCAGCAACAGCAGCAGCAGCAACAGCAACAACAACAGCAGCAUCAACAGCAACAACAACAGCAGCAGCAACAGCAGCAGCAGCAACAACAGCAGUAGCAGCAACAGCAGUAGCAGCAGCAGCAACAGCAGCAACAACAACACCAGCGGCAGCAACAGCAGUAACAGCAACAGCAACAGCAACAGCAACAGCAGCAAUAGCAGUAACAGCAGCAACAGCAGUAACAGCAGCAGCAACAGCAACAGUAGUAGUAAGGGCAGCAACAGCAGCAGCAGAAGCAGGAGGUGCAGCUGCGGCGAGAAAGCAGCAAGAAAUCUCCGCGUGGGUCGCAGCCUGCAGGCUGUCUCCCCGCUGCCGCUGCAGUGUGCAGCAGCAGAUCGGCUUGAGGCGCUGCUGUUGCUGCUGCAGCUGCUCAGGAAGCAGCAGCAAACAGAAAAAGCAAAAGAGCUGCUGCAAACUGCUGCUGAAGAAUUUAAGUGCGGCGCAUGCAUCGCCACCAACGGCAGCAGCAGCAACAGCAGCACCAGCAGCAGCAGCAGCACAGGGGGCAAUAGCUUCGAGGCCUGGGCCCAGGGCAAGAUAAUCCUUGCUGCUGCAGCGCAUGCAGCAGAGACAGGGGAGCCUCAUGCUGCGCUGCAGCUGCUGCAGCGCGUGCCUGUGGGGUCUCUUUGCAGUGCAGAAGCAUUGCUGGCAGCAGCUGAGGUGUAUAGGCAGCAGCUGAAGGAUCCUGCUGCUGCUGUGCGCAGCUUGCGGCGUGCGCUGCAGCAGCAAUACUGCAGCAGCAGCACUGCAGCAAGAGCAGGCCAGCUGCUGCUGCAGCUGCAUCGACCCCGCGAUGCUGUCAUUGCUUUUAAUAAGGCAGCAGCGCUGAGCCCUGAAGACCGCCUAAUCAUACAUCAACUCGUUGAGAGCUUGAGCGCCACUCAGGAGUAUGAAGAAGCCGUAAAGAAGGCUUCUAGCGAGCUGGCGAGGGAGCCGCAGGACUGGAAGCUGCUGCUGCUGCUGCUGCGGCUGCUGCAGAAGCUGGGGCGGUCCAGCGCAGCACUUGCUGCAGCAGCAAACCUUGACGCCCCAGGCUUCCUUGAAGGAGACACCAGCGAGCUGCUGAUGAAACUGCGGCUUCUCCUCACCAAGGCCUCCUGUCUAGAGACAGCAGCAACGCAGCAGCAAACGCCCUCAGAAGGGGACAGUGCAGCGCGCUCACGAGAGGCGUUGGUGCUGCUGCGGCGAGUGCAGCAGAAGCUGCUGUCGAUGGUGUCAGACCCCAGCCGGACCCCACGCCCCUCCAGCAGCAGCAGCAGCAGCGGGAGCGAGAAGAAGCAGCUGCUGUGCGAGGCCUCCCUGCACCUGGCGCGGCUGCUGUGGCAGCUAAAGAAAGAUGCUGCUGCAGCACUUGGGGUUUGUAACGAGGCUUUGAAAUACAGCAGCGAAGACAGCGAGCUGCAUGCGCUGCGCUGCCGGGUGUCUCUGCAGCUCGGAUGCAUGCAGGAAGCAGAAGACUCCCUUAAAAGGCUAUCUGCACUUGAUAAACACAACCCCACAAUUGGAGAGCUGCAGAUACACUUGGUGGCUGCUGCGCUGCAGCGGGGGCCGCAGUCUGUUCAAGAGCUGCUGCCGCAUGCGCUGCAGCUGGCGAGACACCCGAAGCUGUCUUUUGCUGCCCUGGAAGCUGCGCUGCUGCUGCUGCGGCAGCGAGGGCUCUUAGAGGGCUGCGAGGAGGUCUGCUGCCAGCUGCAGCAGCAGCAGCAGCAACUGCAGCAGCAGCAGCAACAGCAGCAAACUGAUAGCGCCAGGCUCAGGACACUUGCCUACUGCGAAGCUCUCAUCCAUAAGCCCGAGAAGGCACUGCAGCUGUUUGCUGCAGCGCAGCAGCAACAUACGCUGCAGCAGCUGUCUCUGCAGCAGCAGCUAGAGCUGCUGUUGCGUCCCUUUGGUGCUGCUGAAGCAGAUGUACUGCAACAGAGCUCAACCCGCAAACGCCUGGCUAGCUUCCUAUCUAGCGCUGCAGCAGCAGCAGGACUCGAAGCAGCAGCAGCAGCAGCUGCUGCCGCUGCACCGCAGCUGCUGCCGCAGCCCUGGGAGCAACUGGGGGCCGAGCAGCUGCAGCAGAUGCUGCAGCUGCCUGCUGCGCAAUCCUCUACCUCAGCAGAAGACGCAGCACCCCACAGCAGCAGCAGCAGCAACACCAGCAGCAGCAGCAGCAGCAAUAGCAGCAGCAAUAGCAACAGCAGUAGCAAUAGCAGCAGCAGUGACAGCAAUAACGUUGUGCUGCAUGCAGCAGCAGCUCUGCUUUCUAAAUGGGAGAGGACCCAACCGAAAGGUCAAGAGACACCUGAAGGGGUUUUGCUUCAGGUGUACAGACAGGAGAUAGCGGUGCUGUCUCUCAGACGAGGUGAUGCAGAGGCUGCGCUGCAGAAGAUGAAGCAGCUCCUGCAGCGGCUGCAGCAGCAGCAGCAGCAGCAGCUACUGCUGCUGCAGCAGCUGCUGCUGCCUUAUCUGCAUGCGCUCUUCGUUGCUGCAGAAGCUUAUGUAGUCCUGGGGCAGCCAGCAAAGGCUCGUGCUGCGCUGCAGCAGGCAGCAGCAGCAGCAGCAGCGGAGGCCGAGCAGGCAGCAGCAACAGCGGCAGCAGCAGCAGCAGCAGCAGCAGCACCUUGCGCAGCAACAGAUCCCGUUCAACUUGCUGAAGCAACAGCAAGAAUCCACCUGCUGCUGUCCGAGCUGCUUCUGGCUGACCGUCAGCCCGAAGCAGCAGCAGCAGCAGCAGCAGCAGCAGCAGCAGCAGUGGGCCCCAACCCCAAAACCUCUGAACUCCUCGCAAAGAUAGCAGAAAAACAAAAACAAUUUGAUCAGGCUGCCGGCCAUUAUGCAGAUGCCCUGGCGCAGCACCCCAGACAACUGCAGCUGCUGCUGCGGCAGGCGUUGUUGCUGCUGCAGCAGCAGCAGCUGAUACCUGCCCUUGCGGCUUGCCAGAAGGUAAUUCAGCAGUCUCCUUCGGUGCAGAAGCAGCUGAAGCAGCUGCUUGACUCCAUAAGAGCAAGGCUGAGACCUUGA